AACAAACGCUAGUAUCUCUCUGGUAAUUGGCCUUUUUGUAGCUGACCAGGAUACUCCAAGCAAUAUGGUUCUAGGAGUGACGGAGCUGGCCACGGAGAACACCACUCACCUGUACGAUACCUACGACUACUUCGUCCAUCCCCAUUGGAAGCAGUUCGACCCAGUACCUCAUACAUGGCACUACUUUAUCGGAAUUUUCAUCUCAAUUGUUGGUGUCAGUGGUGUGAUAGGUAACAUUGUCGUCAUCACGAUGUUCUCCACCACCAAGACACUGAAGUCGCCAUCUAACAUGUUGAUCGUUAACCUUGCUCUUAGUGAUCUGACCUUCUCGGCUGUCAACGGAUUCCCUCUAUUGACUGUAUCUGCUUUUAAUACUAAAUGGGUGUUUGGAGAUACCGCCUGUCAAUUCUACGGAUUAAUAGGAGGUAUAUUUGGACUUAUGUCGAUCAACACAUUAGCUAUGAUAUCUAUUGAUCGCUGUAUUUGCAUUACCAGACCGCUCCAAGCUAUGCGAAUUAUGACCCGUAAGACGUCUUUCAUCAUGAUCGUCGUCGUCUGGGUAUGGGCCGUAGGAUGGUCCUUGUUGCCACUCUUCGGCCUCGGAGCCUACAUCCCCGAGGGUUUCCAAACAUCGUGCACAUUCGAUUAUUUGACCAAGACCGUCUCAAACAGAAUAUACAUCAUAGGCAUGUACGUCUUUGCCUUUGCCCUACCACUAGUGCUGAUUAUCGUAUCAUACAUCAUGAUUAUUAGUUCUAUCAGAAAGCAUGCACGGGAAAUGGCUAACAUGGCUGACAAGAUGAACGCCGAGGAAGCGGAUAAACAUGAGAAAACAAAAGCCGAGAUCAAAAUCACCAAAAUUGCCAUGACUCUCAUCUCCCUAUUCAUCUUGUCUUGGAGUCCCUAUGCCACCAUUGCCUUGAUAGCACAGUUUGGGGAUCCAAGCUUUGUCACUCCUUUGAUGUCGGAAAUGCCUGUCAUGUUGGCCAAGUCGUCUGCUAUGCACAAUCCUAUCGUGUAUGCACUCAGCCAUCCGAAAUUCCGCGCUGCUCUGUAUCAGAAAGCACCUUGCUUCCUUAACUGUUGCAAACCAAGUCCCAAGCCACCAGCGGAAGCUCCAUCCAGAGCUCAGGUCGGACGCACCGCCAGUGAUUGUAGUCAAUCGACAAUUGCAAGUUCUUAUGGACCAGGAUACGAAAUGCAACCGACCAUGAACCAAGGAGUCAACUCGGGUGAACUUGUAAAGGAGCUAGUGGGCGCCAUUGUCUCGAUGGCUAACAACCAACCGCCGACCGUUCAACCUGUGUUCAUUCCAGGGACCGGAGGAACUGUCGUCACACCAAUAGCCGCAACCCCGGCCCCAGCGCCUACGGCCGAACAGGUGCAAACUACAACAGCUGCAAUUAUUGAAAAGGCAACAAAGGAGCCUAAAGUUUAGUAAUGGACGCCAACGAAAGGAAGAUCACAUCAAAAUUGUCCAAUUAUCGUUUGAGGAUACUCACAUUUCUAUCGGUUCUGGUGAAUUGAAGAUAGCAACAGAAUUCAGAUAAGGACUGUCCUGUCUACAGAUUUAGUGAAAAUGUCAAAUUGAUAACAUCGCGAUGAAUGAAAGCCCGUGUUUAUUGUAGCAUUGUUCAGCAUUAACAAUAUGCUGCAGCGAGUCAAUCAUCCUUUGCGGGGUGUGGGCAAUAUCGGACUUACGCUUCGGUCCACGGCAAGAGGAGGACAAAAAGUAAAAGAAGGACUUGAUGGAAUUCCCGUGCACCCUGCAAGUAUUAAAACAUUGGAUUUUUUCUAUUGUUAGUGUCAGAUCAGAAUUUUAACGACAAUUUUAUUUCUAUAAUGUUGAACAAUGGAUUUCAAUUGAUAUAUUGAUUAUUUUACUAAAAUUCUUUCAGUGUACGCACAGAUUCCGCUCAGUAACGGUGCUUUAUAUAUAACUCUCAUGUGUAAGUUAUGAAUUACAUUGGGAAAUAAAAAAAGUCUUUCUUAA